GCUGCUCUCGCGAGAACCCAGGAACCAGGCAGUGAGCUUUCGUGGUGCCAGCCUCUUCAGGUCCUCUGAGGGAGCAAGCUCAGGGAUCCCUCAGGUUCAGAGGCUGCCUCUAGCUUCCCAGGACAGCCAGCCAUGCAGCCCGUGGGCAGGAAGCGCAGCAGGAUGGCUGCCAGGGACCAGUUGGAGGCUCAAGUUACGGUCGCCCAGGAAAUGGAGCUUGCGGGAAAGGCUCCAGUACGUUAUGAGCAUGAGGAAAGAAAACCUGUUACAGAGACAAAUAAGGGAGAUGUAACUGAUGAGCUUCAGGAAAGAGAACCUUUUGCUGAAACAGAUGAACACGUGGGGGUUGAUACCAAGGAGCUAGAAGAUAUUGCAGCUGAGAUUAAAGAAGAUCUUGCUGCAAAGAGAAAAAGGAGUGAAAAGAUUGCAAAAGCUUGCAGUGAAAUAAAGAAUAGAGUUAAAAACGUUUUGAGAACAAUGCAACUAAAAAGGCAGAAACGUGAUUACAGAAUUUCUCUGAAGUUGCCGAAUGUCCUUGAAGAGUUCACCACAGAUGAGCAGAAAGAUGAAGAAGGAGAAGGAGAAAAGGAAGAACAAAUUAAGAUAUUUCAAGAGCAACAAAAGAGGUGGCAACAAGAUAAGAAAGGAACUGAAAGAGAUUGAGCCAUCACACGAGCAGUUCACAAAGCUGCAGCAAUAAUUGCCACUUAUUCAUAUGUAUCUUCAACCUCUGUUACUCUGAUGACUGACAAAAGAACUUGAACCUAUGUUAUAUGAUACAAGCAUAACUUGAGCUACACUAAACCACAUGACAGUGUUUACUUAAUUCUUGUAUAAAUUAGUAUAUCUCCUCUAUCAUUAGCCUGUUUGUUAAAUGCUGGACCACAUUUCUAUGAUCUGUUGAAAGAACCCUAGACAGUUCUGUGAGAAAGCAGCAAUUGCACAGUUAUAUACACAGUCAAUUAAAUUUUAACGUUAAAGAUAAUUUAGUUUUAGGUUUGGCCUCUGUGGUUCUGUAUCAGUUCCAAAAAUGUGGAAAGCAUGGGCAUGGAAAAGCACAUUUUUCUCUAAUAAAAGAAGACAAAACCUUA